ACAGAACAACCUCAGGAUAUAAAAAGUGAAGACCUAUCUGUGGUUAAAGUGAGGAUAAAUCUGUGGUUGGAAAGAAGCAAAACUUUGAUGCUGGAUCCUGCGAUGCCAGAGGAACCCAGUAAAGACACCAUGACAGUGCCAGCAGCCCCAGAAAGAGCUGUCGUGGAGAAGGCCAACAUCAAUGACCACACUCCGACUGUGACUAUAGUAGCUAUCCCUUUGGUCACUGAAAUCCAACUGAACGCGGCCACAGGUGGUGCAGAACUCUCCUGCUAUCGCUGCACAGUGCCGUUUGGUGUGGUCAUUCUCAUUGCCGGUAUCGUGGUCACUUCUGUGGCCUACAGCUUCAACUCACAUGGGUCCACCAUCUCCUACUUUGGGCUGGUGCUACUAUCUGCUGGACUGGUGCUAUUGGCGCUAAGUGCGGUAUGCUGGAAGACGAGACUUGAGAGAAAGAAGGAGAGGCGGAGGGAAAGCCAAACUGCAUUGGUCGCAAACCAGAGGAGCAUCUUUGCAUGAAGGGAAAGACUGAUCAUCAGGAGAGAAAUAAGUCUGUGAUAUGUUUGGGUGCGAGAGGAAACAGAGGUAGUGGUUCAUUUGAAAGCGGAGUGGAGACAGCUGUAUCCAGAUGUUUUCAUGACUGACCAACGUCUAUGUGGUGGGUCGUUGACCUGCAAGGCUUUCACCUCAGACUGUCUCUAGGCUAAGCAAGUCAAAACGUCUUAGCUUUCAUGAAGUUGUUGGGUUUUUAAUCUGUCAAACAGACUGGUCACAUCUGGGAAGCUGGGCAGACAGCCAAACUGAAUGUAUCAAAAUUAAGACAAAUUACCACUGUACAAAGCAAUGGAGAGGAUGUUUCCCAUUAAUCUACUGUUGCAUCUGGUGUCUUAGAUUUACUGGGGGGGAUAGUGGUCUGAAAGGAGGGGGACAUGGGACAAUCCAGAACAAUGAAUCAUGCUUCAUUUACCAUGUUUUAGACAUAACAUCUCUCAUUAAGUCUGAUUGUUCGUUUUCAUUUCACACAGAAUUAUGUUCAAGUACCUGACAUGGGAAUAUGGUACUUACAUGUUAAUAUGUAAUGAUAUAUAUUGGCAUUAUGGGGACACAAAAACGUGUUGUUUUUGUUUGAUGUUUAUUAUCGUAUUCUCUGAAACAAGUCGAGCUCAGAGAUAAAGUCAAUUAGAUGUCACACAGUAAUUAUGUAUAGUACCUAUGAUGUACCUAUGAUGUUAUAGGUAGUAUUGCAUUAUGAGGGAAUAUGAUUAUUGACUAAAUGUAAUUUACAUCGAAUUAACCUUUAUUAAGUAUUCUCUGUAAGCACUUUGUUCCACACCAUGACUAACAUGGUGUUCUAUGUAACUAUGACAACAAGAUUCUUUGGAAUUACUAGCAUCUUGCCACAGUCUUGUUGUCACUACAGUACUUGCCAUUGUCAGUAAAUGUAUUUCAUAUGUUGAGCGAUAUGAAAUGUUCUAGUAUUUUAUUCCACUUUAAUAUAAUCAUUUUUAUGUAUGACU